ACGCGCGGUUGCGGGGCCGGCGGCCGGAGGCGCCCUAGCGGGGUGCGCCCGGAGGGCGGCGGCCGGCGAGCAGUCAUGGCCGAGGCCGCGCCGCAGCCCCUGGCGCUGCCCUCGGGGCUCCUGGAGCUGUGCGCGCUGCUGGGACCCUCCCGGGACAGCCUCCGCGGCCCCGAGCUGGUGGCCCGGAGGAAGGGGGUCAGCAGCCUCUCUUCUCUCGACCCGGAAGUCCUGUCCAUCUUUGUGCCUCCUUUCGUCAGUAAGGAGGACACUCAGGUGGCCGGGGCCAACUGUGCGACUCUGAGCAAGACCAGAAGGCGCUCCUUCAGGAAGAAGAGGGAGAAGCCCAAAACAGAGCCCGGGAAGGGGCCUCCUCCCGAAGACGUCAGCGUCCCCAACGGCGUGGACCUGCUCGCCCUGCCUCAGCUCUGCUUCCCAGGGGGCGUGUGUGUGGCCUCCGAACCGAAGGAGGACUCCGUGCACUUCCUGGUGCUGACCGACGUCUGCGGGGACAGGACGUAUGGCGUGGUUGCCCAGUACUACCGACCCCUGCACGACGAGUCCUGUUUCUACAACGGCAAGAUGCACCGGGAGCCGUUCUGGCCGAGCGUGGGCGCCACGGGCUGCUUCGUGCCCUUCGCGGUGUGCGUGGUGUCCAGAUUCCCCUAUUACAACGCCCUCAAGGACUGCCUGUCCUGUUUAUUGACUCAUCUGAAGCUCUGUAAAGAUUUUGAAGUUGACAAUCAUAUAAAAGACUUUGCUGCAAAGCUAUCUUUAAUACCUAGCCCGCCGCCUGGACCACUUCAUUUGGUGUUCAACAUGAAGCCCCUGCAGAUCGUGUUCCCCUCCCGUGCGGACCCCGAGAGCCCCGUCAUCGACCUGGACCUUCACCUGCCCUUGCUGUGCUUCAGGCCCGAGAAGGUGCUGCAGAUCCUGACGUGCCUGCUGACGGAGCGGCGGGUGGUGCUCUUCUCGUCCAGCUGGGCGCUGCUGCCCCUGGUGGCCGAGUGCUUCCUGGCCUACCUGCACCCCCUGCAGUGGCAGCACACCUUCGCCCCCAUCCUGUCGCGCCACAUGCUGGACUUUGUCAUGGCGCCCACAUCCUUCCUCAUGGGCUGUCACCUGGACCACUUCCAAGAAGUCAGCAAGGAAGCUGAUGGCUUAAUCCUGAUAAACAUCGACAGCGGGACCAUCACCUCCUCGAAUGACGAGGACGUCGACAUCCCCGACAUCCCUCUCCUGGCAGCACAGACGUUCAUUCAAAGGGUCCAGAGCCUUCAGCUGCACCAGGAGCUGGACCUCGCGCACCUGGGAGCCAGCACAGACCUGAACGAGGGGCGAGCGCGCAGGCGGGCCUGGCAGCAGAGACUCAACCACGAGCUGCAGCAGGCAGCCCUGCAGCUGCUCGUCAGCAUCUUCAGGGAGGUGAAGAAUCACUUAAAUUAUGAGCACCGAGUGUUUAACAGCGAGGAGUUUCUCAAAACCAGAGCUCUGGGGGACCAGCAGUUUUACAAGCAGGUUCUGGAUACCUACAUGUUUCACUCUUUCCUUAAAGCCCGGCUCAGCAGGAGGAUGGACGCCUUCGCCCAGAUGGACCUGGACAUGCAGUCGGACGAAGACAGGUUACACGGGGUGCUGCUGAGUCCCCGAAGGCCAACCAUCGAGAAAAUGGCCUCCCGAAACCCCCCGUCCCUGCACGCCACUCACCGGCGCAUGGUGGUCAGCAUGCCCAACCUGCAGGACAUCACGGUGCCCGAGCCGCCCGCCCGGAACUCGUCACUCCGGAAGAUGGACUCCGAGGGCUCUAGAAGCAGCAGCAUAGUUCGGAGCACAGCCUUCCAGGCAACGUAUUCCUUCAAGAUCCCGGAUAUCCACUUCCCGCUGGUGAGCCAGUGCGUCCAGGCCUACUUCUCGGACUGCGUGGCCCUGCUGAGCAAGGCCAUGGGGCACCUGGCGCCCGACAGCUCCGUGCUGCUGGCCCGGUUCUUCUACCUGCGGGGGGCCGUGCACCUGAUGCAGGGCCAGCUGCUGGACGCCCUCCUGGACUUCCAGAGCCUGUACAAGACGGACCUGAGGAUCUUCCCUGCCGACCUGGUGCGGAGGACGCUGGAGUCCAUGUCGGGCCCCGAGCGCGCCCAGGCCGAGCGCGUGCCUGAGCUGCGGCGGCUCAUCAGCGAGGUCGCGGACAAGCCCGGGGAUGCCCCCAAGCCCGACGACCGCGUGAAACACUUCGAGCUGCCCAAGAAGCACAUGCAGCUGGACGACUUCGUGAAGAGGGUCCAGGAGUCGGGCAUCGUGAAGGACGCCAACAUCAUAAACCGACUGUUCGAGGCGCUGACUGUAGGACACCAGAAACAGAUUGACCCGGAGACAUUCAGAGAUUUCUACAACUGCUGGAAGGAGGCAGAAGCAGAGGCCCAGCAGGUCAGUCUGCCUUCGGCGGUGAUGGAGCACCUGGAUAAGAACGAGUGUGUCUACAAGCUGUCGAGCUCCGUCAAGACGAAUCGCGGCGUGGGCAAGAUCGCCAUGACCCAGAAGCGCCUGUUCCUCCUAACCGAGGGACGGCCGGGCUACGUGGAGAUUUCCACCUUCAGGGACAUGGAGGAAGUGCGCGCCACCACAGUAGCCUUUCUGCUGCUGCGGAUACCCACUUUGAAGAUUAAAACCGCGUCCAGGAAAGAAGUCUUUGAAGCGAAUCUGAAGACGGAGUGUGACGUGUGGCACCUGAUGGUGAAGGAGAUGUGGGCCGGGAAGAAGCUGGCGGAUGAGCACAAGGACCCGCAGUACAUCCAGCAGGCGCUGACCCACGUCCUGCUGAUGGACGCCGUUGUCGGCACACUCCAGUCGCCUGGUGCCAUUUACGCUGCCUCCAAGUUGUCAUACUUUGAGAAGAUGAAGAACGAAAUGCCCACGGCGGUGCCCAAGACAACCUCGGAAACCCUGAAACACAAGAUAAACCCUUCGGCAGGAGAGACGGCCCCGCACGCCGUGGACGUGCUGUUGUACACGCCAGGGCAUCUAGACCCGGCAGAAAAGGUGGAAGACGCCCACCCCAAGCUAUGGUGCGCCCUGCACGAGGGCAAAGUGAUCGUGUUUGAUGCCUCCUCCUGGACGGUUCACCAGCACUGCUUCAGAGUGGGUGCCUCCAAGCUGAACUGCAUGGCGAUGGCAGAGAGGAACCAGGUGUGGGUCGGCGCAGAGGACUCCGUCAUCUACAUCAUCAACGUCCACAGCAUGUCCUGCAACAAGCAGCUCACGGACCACCGCGCCGGCGUCACGGGCUUGGCCGUGCAGAGCGGGACACCCAGCAAGGUGUAUUCGUGCAGCACAGACGGGACGGUCCUGGCGUGGAACGUGAGCACCCUGCGUGUGACCGGAAGAUUCCAGCUGUCAGGCGGCAGGCUUUCGUCCAUCCGCCUGCACGACGGCUGCCUGUGGUGCUGCACAGGGAGCAGCAUCGUGGCCGUGACGACCGGUGGACUUGUCGUCCAAGAACUAAAGGUCGACGAGAACUUUAAGGAGAUGAGGACCUCCUUCCUGAGUUUCCAGCUCCUCCCCGAGCAGGAGCAGCUCUGGACGGCGUGCGCCGGGUGUGACAGCGUCUACAUUUGGAGCCUGAGGGACCUGGCCCGGCCCCCUCAGCGGGUGCCCCUGCAGGGCUGCUCCGAGGUCAGCUGCAUGAUCAGGGUCAAGCAGCAGAUCUGGGUCGGCGGCACGAGUCUGUCACAGGGCAAAUCCACAGGGAAAAUCUAUGUGAUCGAUGCCAAGAGGAAGACGGUGGAAAAGGAGCUGGUGGCCCACGCUGACGUGGUGAAGACGCUGUGCUCAGCGGAGGACAGAUAUGUGCUGAGCGGGUCGGGCAGCGGGGAGGGGAAGAUCGCCAUCUGGAAGGUCGAGUAAAUGCGGGCGAAUGUGCCGAGCGGGGCUGUGCUCUGAGGGCUACACGCCUUCCCCCCUUGCCUGCCCCCGGAGAAGGUGGGGGGCGCUGUGUCCCCUGCACGUGCCUGUCGGGCUCCUUGGCCCAAAGCACAUAACGCGCUCUCUCACACUUUCCUGAUGAAACCGUGCCAACCGCGUUACGGGUGGGGGGUGCUUCUCAGAAAGACAGAUGAAUCCACUCGCUAAUAACCUCCGUGAAGUUGCGUGUUGUCUAGAAGUUUCCAGAGUCCCUGACCAGGAGCAGCACCAAGCCAGUUAGAAGGGAUUUAGCCAGAUCACACGUGACCUGCAGACCUCAUUUCUCUGGUUCCGCCUUCUCUACUCCCUUCGGUCAGCGCAUACACGUUAAGCCUCAGGCUUACGGGAGACCUACCUGCGGCCUUAGGUCGGCUUCUUGGUGCAGAAAAGUUCACAAGAGGAGGGUUUUAAUGACCACUUAGUGGUUGAGCAGAUUUGUGCCUGCCCUUGCUGCCCCUUCACAGAGCAGGUGACCAGGGAGGGGACAGAACUGUGAUCAGGGUGUGUGCACACGGGUUGGGCUCGCUGAAGCAAGCUCCGAAUUUCUGUCUUGUCUUUUUAACUAAAAGGCAAAAUUCUUCUAAUGAAGAAGCCUAACUAAUGUUGCCCACCAAAGGUCAUGGACAGACGGUUCCGUCUGAGCGAGCGCGCGAUCUGACCUCCCAGUGAGUAUGCAUCAUUUCCGUGAACCAGCGUUUCAGGCGUCGGCAUCUCGAGUGCACACCAGGUGUAGAUGCAGAUGGUGCUUUGUUACUGAACUGAAGAACAUCUUAGUAGCUGUAAGGAACUAAACAUUUGCAAAAAAGAACUUUUAUCCAUUUGUACUAUAAUAUGGAGAUCUCAUUCCCUUGGGUUCCGGCAGGGAAAGCUCUGGCAUGGUUACGGGCUAUGGAGGGGCACCCACCUGCCGCACAGGCCAGGGGCCCGUCCCCCCAUGGACCUGCCGUGAGUCCAGCCUCGGAGGGACUGUUGGACUCUGGGAUUUUGGAAUUGGACCCUGUUCUGAGCCUCACUCACCCUGAGGUCUCAGAUGGUCUUUGGCCGAAUUUUGGUAGCAGCUCUGGCGUCUCCAGAUGAAAGCUCUGACCAGGCCCUGGGCUUCGUCUGCAGCCCCUAAGCGUCGUGCAAGGUCCAGAUUUGGGGUGCUCUGGGAAUGUACAGCCAGGUGGCCGCAUGCCUCCGUGACUAUGCUUACGGAGAGGGUGUGUUCCCAACUUCCAGAAGGCUCGGCCAUAACAAAGAGUGGGAGGUUGAAUUCUGCUUUUGCAAACACGUGAAAGAUUGCAGUCAAAUCCUGUCAGAAAUACACAUAAAUUAUUUAAUGUCACACAUAACCAGGCGUUUUCACCUUGUCAAUAGUAAAUUCCUUUAUUAAAGA